GUAACAGUAAGAUACUUGUCGAAGGCAGCUUUUUUCUCAGAGUGCGGCGACCUACACGGGAUUUCUAGGGCUAGUGUUUCUAGAGCAAUUGAUAACGUGACCAAAAGCAUUUGCAAUAGGCUCCAUAACAUCAAUUUUCCAACUGGCAAUGAUGCAAUUCGUACAAAACACGAAUUUUAUCAGAUUGCGGGGUUUCCAAACGUCCCCGGCGCCGUUGAUGGGACUUUAAUUCCUAUCAUAGCACCGAAAGACAAUGAACCAGAGUACGUCUGUCGGAGGGGCUUCCACGCUAUGAACGUACAAGUGGUUGCUGAUGCUUCUUUAAGGUUUACCAACCUAGUUUGCAAGUGGCCAGGGUCAACUCACGAUGCGUUCAUGUUUUCAAACUCCGCACUGAAAACCCAUAUGGAAACAAGAGUUGACGGUUGGCUUCUUGGAGACUCGGCAUAUGCAUUGCGAAGUUACAUGAUGACCCCAAAAACUAACCCGAGCAGCCAGGCAGAGGAAAAUUACAACUCCGCCCACAGCAAAACAAGGGUUGUUGUUGAACGGGCUCUUGGUGUUUGCAAAUCCAGAUUUAGGUGCAUACAUAAAUCUGGAGGGAUGCUUUUAUUUACACCUGCCAAAAGUGUUCAAAUAAUCACAGCUGUGUUCAAGCUGCACAACCUGUGUAUGGACAUCAAGCUGCCAGUAGAUGACAUGGAGCUCAAUUUCCAUCCAGAUCAGGGGUUCCUCAGCCUGGAGCAAAUGCUGACGCUGCUGGCCAGACUGUCCGACAAAGGCUCAUCCAGAGAUUUGCUUUAUUAAUAGUUUUUUGUUUUUACAGUCUACUUGCCAGA